CUGAACGCACUGCGGGGCUGACGGCAGAGUGAGAGAGUGUAAUUGACUUUCUCUUUUCACCUCCUGUUGUUGCUAUAAGUUGGCGAUGCAUGUUUUGUUGCACAACUUCUGAAUUAAAUGAUUAAAAACCUGGCAAAGCUGGUGAUGUCUUGGCAAUGGUACCAGAUUAAUAAUUGUCACCUUUACGUAUAAAGACUGGCGAACAGAAGUUGUCGGAGCUUUGUCAAGCAGUUCAUGGACGUGCACCCCACGCUCAUAUUUUUCCAUCAUUCCAUCUUCAUUUUAAUGGUGUGAUGUCCAAACACAUCCUGAUGGUGAAAGCGAAGCCCGCUCAGGGAAACACUCAGAAGAUUUCACGGAGACAACAGAGCAAAAGAACCACCCACUGGGAUGAAAUUUAUAAUGAAAUUCUGAUCCGGAGGGAGGAGAAAGAUCUUGAAGCACAGUCAGAGCAGCUGGAAGAGAAGCUGGACAGUUUGAAAGCCCGAGAAAAUGAGUUACGCCAGGAAAUAAGUGAAGUGGAGGAUUUAUUCUUAAGCAGGGAACCGUUUAUUGCAGACGAAAUUGUUGAUCAAGCCUCAGCCAAAGCAGAUAAUGAGGAAAAAGAGGUGCUCAAAAAGGAGACUGAGAUCCAGAAUAUGAUGAUAGAAUGUACAGAGCUGAGGGAGAAGAAACAGGAGCGCCUGCAAGUCAUGCAAGAACACCUUGUGUAUCAACAGUUCAUGCAGAAACUGGUUGGCAUGACUUCAUUUGAAGAUGAAGAAGCUCUAACAGAUCACAUCGAGAGUCUUCACAGCAUUGAGGACCAGUUGUCUCAGCGGGAAGGUGAAGCUUAUGAGCAGACAAACCAGCAAAGGAAAACGCAGAUAGCUUUGCAAAAACAAUACGAGUUGGAAAGACAGGAGCUUGAUAUGGAACUGACGCAGCUUAUGCCAGAAUUGUUUGAAUCAAAAAUCAAAGUGGAAUUUUGGUUCAAAGAAUGGAAACGCAUUGAGGAAACUGCAUCAAGAAAAUUGAAUCUGCUGGCACAGAUUAAGAUGUCCAUCCUCAGCCUUUAUGAGAUGAUCGGUGGCAAGGUUUGCGAUAAGCAAGGUGUGGCUUUGAAUGAGACAGAGAAACAGUUGGAAAAUAUCCACACUUUCAUGUUGGACCACUUUGAGAUUUUGAAAGAAUAUGAAGUUAACUUCAAUGCAGGGAACUAAAACAAUCGAGUACCUUUCGCAAACACAUUGGAAAGCAUGUUUUAAUAUUAUUCCAAUGCUGUAUUAUGGACAAAAUGUUGUUUGAAUUGAGAAUUACAAAGUUGAGAUGAAAAAUAUGUUGGAACGCUAAUGCUAUGCUGCUAAUGGAAAUGAAGGCUCGUUUGCUCAGCAGUACGUUCCUGCUGGUAACCUACUGAUACCAUUUUCUAUAUUUCUCAUCAAGAGUUACUCCAUGACUAAAGAUAAUGCCAAAGGCAUAUGUCGUGCUGACAUGUGACUUCAAAUAUCAAUUUAAUGCCUAUUGUUACUACUGCAUACUGUGGUCUGUGGCACUGGAAACGGAAGCACCUACUAUAAAAGAAGUGGAAAUAACAUUUUCAUCUUUCUAUCUGUAAUGUAG